CUUCAAAUUAAUAAUAUCCAUAUCCAUUUGUUUUUAAUUCAGUUCAUAUUUCGAUCUUAAUUUUAAUCGCUAGAUAUAUAUUCCAUAGUUUCCACAUGAAGAACAAUUAAAUAAAUCGAUUUUAAAGUAAAUUUUAAGCUGACAAUAUGCCCAAGGUAGAAGUAAUCAACAAACAGAUAUGGGAAAUGGAAAUGAAGAUGGAAAAAAAGUUGCAGGAAAUCAAGGAUAAUGAGGUGAAAGAGGAGGAGCGUCGCAAGGCCAUAACACAUAUAUGCCGAGUGCCUGGCUACUGUCCAGUUGGUCGAUGUACCGAAAUCGUAUUCCCAUCGAAUCUGAUGAUGCACAUGCUGCAUAAGCAUAGCCGGAAUGCCAGCAUAACCACCUCGGAGGUCUUUGAGCACAAACCUUGUGUGGUCUGCUUCGAUCCCACGGGCUAUGAAUAUGGGGAAAAUCAAUGUGUGGCAUCGCUGAUGUAUGCCGGUGUGAAAGAUCAACUCGAUACGUUGCCAGGCAUCAGCUAUUUGAGUCUGCCGAAUACGGCGCUCAUCCACGAUCAUCACAAGUUCGACAAUCAUUUGCCCAUCAUGAUGAUUGGCUGUCGCUGCAGUUGGUAUUGUCAACUGAAGGACAAAAAGCUGGAACGCGAAUUAGUCGCUCUAAAUGCCAAGAAUUCUGGCAUCUAUGUCUUCUGGCUGGUGGCACCGAAGACAACACGCAAACUGUAUUACACUCUGACAGUCUAUGAUCGACACUAUCUAAACUCUCGCAGUGUUAUUCGCACUGUUCGCGAUUAUACAAAUUUUCAAAACCCCAGCGAUUUUCUGCCCAACGAAGAUGAUUAUUUGGUGUUGCGCAACUCCGAAGUCGAUGAGUUCUUGAAUAUCAAAACGAAGAAGAAAUCUAAGAAACCGCCUAAUCGUGGAAUUCCAAUGGAGAUCAUAGUCUAUGAGAAUCCAUCAACAACGCCUAUUAAACAUAGCAGCCAAAAGGAGUUGAAAGACGCAGCAGAACAAGUUGGAGUGCAGUAUAUUAAGGACACUUGCUGCGAUCACGCUAAGCAAACCGGCAAAUCGUCCUUGAAAAGAAAUCCAUGCCGAACAUCUGCGAAAACCAAUUCAAACUUAUCCGCGUAAAUCGAUAAACGAAACAUUUCUGUCAUUUCCUUAUUAACCAAAUUUUGCAAAUAGGCAUUAAAUAUAACAAGCUAAAUAUAGUUAUAAUUAUAA